UCGCCGUGGGCUGGGCUCCGCGCAGGAGCGCGGGCCGCCGGGACCGUAGAAGGCUGGGCCGGGCGGGGUAGGUGUGGCUCUGCCUGCGUGACCCGAGUCCCGGUUCCCGGUCGCCGUCGUCUCCCGCAGCUGCGGCCUCUCAGCCAUGGGCGCCGUCUGGUCGGCCCUGCUGGUCGGAGGGGGCCUGGCCGGAGCGAUUUUCGUUUGGCUGCUGCGGGACGCGGGGAAUGAGAGCAACGCGGAGCGGAACGCCCCUCAGGGGGAGGCUGCGGCUCCGGGAAGCGAUCAGGGUGGCGGCGGGGGACCGAGCCCUGUACCUUCCAGGCGGGAUCUGGUCACCAAAGCAGAGCAUCUUCAAGAAAGCAAUGGAUGUUUGGUUUCAGAGACCAAAGGCCAUGGUAACCUGCAGGAAGCAACAUGGAGACAGCAGAGUCCUUCUGGAAAAGACGGUGAUUGUGACAGUUCGAGAGAGCAUGUUCCUUCUGGACAGUUUCCAGACACAGAAUCUCUAGCUACAUCUGGGACUGGUGACUCUAGGGGUUACUCUGCAGUUUCAAGAAAUGAAAGGCUUCAGUCUCCUCUGGCAGAAUGGGGAUUCCAGAAAGGACAAGAGACACUCGCUAAAGCAGCUCCAUGUUUUGCCGAAAAGUUGUAUUCUAGCAACCUGGUCGUUGACAGAGGGAAAGAAGUGAGCCUUGCCGAGUUGAGCAGUCAGGACCGGGCUGACAAUGAGGACUGGGAAAUGGUGUCCAGGCACUCCUCUUGGGGAGAUGUUGGUUUGGGUGGCGGUCUUGAGGCUCCAGGGUUAAGCCCAAACCAGGGAAUGGACUGUGGCAGAAGCACUCUUAUGGAACCAAGAGGUCAGGAAAUGGAUGUGAAACGCAAAAAGGGGGUAGCAAUGUCUUCAGAGUCUCAGCAAGUUAGUAUCAGGUUCCAGGUCCAUUAUGUCACAAGCACUGGUGGGCAAUUCAUUGCAGUAACUGGAGACCAUGAGAGCCUUGGGAGGUGGAACACUUACAUCCCACUCCAGUAUAGCAAGGACGGGUUCUGGUCUCACUCUGUGUCCCUGCCAGCAGAUACAGUGGUGGAAUGGAAGUUUGUAGUGGUAGACAACGGGAAAAUUACCCGCUGGGAAGAAUGCAGCAAUAGGUUCCUGGAGACUGGCCGUGAGGAUAAAGUGGUACAAAAGCGGUGGGGGAUUCAGUGACUCAGUUUUCAAAGUACUAGAGAAGCUAUUUGUGGAGCACACUGAAUAAUUUUAAAUAAAGGAAGUAUAACUCCAAA